AUGAGUGUGAAGAUGAAUUUGAUGAAGGUUGGACCUGCUGGAGGAAAAGAAAAAAAAGGAGGUGUUUGGGAUGAAAAGGGAAAAGGCGAAAUUGCCAAGAUUUUUGUUUCCGACGAUAAACACGCAAUUCAGUCACUUCAAUUCCUCUUCGUUAAGAAUGGAAAUUUUGUUUUAUCAAAGAGACAUGGUGAUACUGCACACGACGCAAACUUUGCUACAGUUGUGUUGGAUUAUCCAUCCGAAUUUCUUAUUGGAAUAAAAGGUACCUAUUACUCGAAUGGUUUGCGAUCAAUAACAUUUGUGACUAACAAAGGUACACAUGGGCCAUAUGGCGGUGUAAAGCCCAUGACAGUCGACAGAGAGAUUGAUUUUCAAAUAGGAAAUGAUCGUUCUUUUGGUGGAUUUCACUGCCUUUGCCAAAAAACUUACAUUGAGAGUAUUGGGCUCUAUUUGGAGCCCAUUACACCCUCCAUGAUCAAGCCCAGGAAGAAGACCAAUUAA